UUACACCUAAAAUUAUACUAUUCUUAAUACGAGUUAUUACCGUGUCUAAUAAUUAUCAUCAAAGCGUGCAAGAGCUAUUUCAUUUCUGCGAUAUCGUGACAGUAAAUUUCAUCGCCAAUAGUAACUCAACGUUUAGAUAAAUCCGAAAAAUGACUGGGCUGUUCUCUGGCAUCAUCGGCAGUCUUGUAGGAUCCGGAAUCCAGGCUGUAACCGGUGGGAUUCCGAUAUCAGAAGAUGCAUCGAAAGCCUUAGACGUGCUACGUGUUGGCGGAUUGCCGGUACCCCCUGUAAAUUGGUUUUCGACAAGUGCAACAUCGUCGAACAAACAGAACCCACAGAUGCAUGACUGCGAGAAAAUCGAGCAGCACAUCGCGGGAGCUUUGCAGGUCAUUGGACAGGGGAUGCAGGUUGUUAAGGUUCUGGGAGACGUUCUGAGUCCUCGAACUAAAGCUGCACCAGCAAAAGCUUGGACUCCUCGUGAUGAUCUGCUUCGAGCCAAUGCGUCGUCUUACACAUCGGCACAGGUUCAUGAACGUUUGCUGGGGCCGGCAGUUAAGCUGGCAAAAAACGAUUCUGGUUGCCAAUGCUCACGGGCUUGUGCUAAAAAGCCGUCAACAUCAGGACUUGACACUUCUUCCAACACUAAUCUGAGAGACAACUUUUGUUUUCCUCUGAAGCCAACGAAUACCGAGGGAAUAAGGAAGAUAGAGAACUUUGGUAAUUCAUCGCGUCAUUGUCAGAAAAAUGCGGACAUUUAUACACCGGGAAGAGAGAAUAUUCGUCAAACAGCGAAUAGAAAUGGAGGUAAGCCUUCGGCGACAGCCAGUAAAAUGUUGCCGAAAGAAAAAGGGAGGAAAGAUCAGUUGAAUGUUGAAGGAGAUUCAAAGGAUCGUAUAUUUUGCGGUUCGUCGGUUACCAAGCAGUCUCAGUUAUCCAAUGGCCAAAAAAAGACGGCCAAUACACAACACAAUACUUGCGAGUCAGGUGUUCAGAAAUGUCUAUAUUGUCAAGUCCAGAUUAGGAAAGUAAACAAAUCGGGGUUAAUGCCCUGUGGACACACUUUUUGCCAGAGAUGCUUGACGGGUCAAAGGCCUCUGAAAUGUCCAAAGUGUGAUGUGAAAGUGAAAUGUGAAGCAAUUUAAUCUUCAAUAUUAAUUGAAAAUAUUUGUUAGAUCAUUGUUCUAUUUUAAUUACCAAAUUUAAUUGUUAUUUAUAAAUUUCGAUGAUAGCACGUUAUUAUUUUGUUAAUAUUUGCGCAGCAAUUUGUCAAAUUGUUAUUUGUGUAACUUCUGUAUUGUCACUGUAUUGAUUUAAUUACUCAUAGAAAUAAUAGUACGUAGAAAUAUUUAUAUAUAAUUUAUCAAUUCAGGCUUACCAUUGUAGUGUUUUAUCUUGUUACUGGAAAUCUUUUUGACAUUUCUGCGAGUUACAUCAUGCAGUCAGGUUAAACGGCACGAUUAGUGAAUGUCAAGGUGAUAUUACAGUUAAAAAUAUUGGAUUACGUAAUAGAUACACGCAGAAUAAUGCAGCCUCUAAUUAUGAGUAUGCAUAUUUAUGGAAUACUUAACCAAUAAAGUACGAUGUAAUAUAAUUAAAUAUCACUGGACUAAUCUAGGUACUAAAUUCAAUAACAGGUGUGUAGUGGACAGUGAUUUUUAGAUAAGAAUACAUUUUACGGGUUUUUAAAAUCGACGUUUAAAUUGUUUAAAUACAUAACUUAUGAUACAAGUAUUUGUUAUUUAUUGUUAUAAACUUAUGCUUAAUUAUGACCAACAUGUGUUUUAACUUACGAUAUCCACGUACAUAUCUGUCAUAUUUCUAAUAUUAAUAUGUAUUGUUGC